CAGCACACACUAUCGCUUGCGUACAAGCCUUAUAAAUCGGGUAGCUAUUUUUGCCCUUUCCCUCGCGCUCUAUAUAUAUAUAUAUAUAUAAACCCUCCGAUCGAUGUACAUGACGCAUCCAAGAACUCAUCCACGCUAAUCAGUAAUCACGCACACACGCAAACCAUAUACGCUUAUCUUUCUUAGCUAGCUCCUCCGAUCCAUCUAUCGUCGGCAGCAAAGCAAUCACGAGGGGAGAGCAAUAAUUAAUGGGCAACGUGGUCCUGGAGGCAACGUCGUCGAUGGUGCCACCGGAGCUCGGCGACGCGCUGGUGAAGGUGGCCGUGUUCGCGGUGGUGCAGGCGCUGGUCUACCUCAUCCUGCGCAAGUCGUCCGACGUCUUCGCCCCGGCCGGCGGGAAGACGGCGGCGAGGUCGUUCAGCUUCCGCCCGAUGCGGAGCAUGAGCGUCCGCCGCGUGCUCGCCGCCUUCUCCGACGUCCCUGUCGGCGUCCCGCCGGAGCCCGAGGACGGCGCUGGCGCCGUUGCGCCGGCGUCGCCUUCGCCGGUGGAUCCCGGGGAUGAUGAGCCUGCCAGCCGCUUCAAGCCUUCAAGUGAAUAAUCCACACAAAAGAAGAAAAAAAAAGAGCCUUGCCUUCAAGUGAAUAAGUAAUCGUUGGGUCGAACGAACUUCUUUGCAUUAGGUGCUUUGCUCAAAUAUAUACUCCUAGUAUAUAUAUAGUAAUUGAUCUGUGUUACGUAAAAUAGUACUAAAAAAUGGUACUAGUGGUGGUACUACUACUACCACUACUUGAGGUACGUACGACGUGUACCGUAUGUAUAUAUGUACAGCUAGUUUGAGUAUUGAUCUUGAUAUUCGAGUUGCGAUUAUUA